AUGACUCAUUCGUAUCCACCGGGACAAAAUCAAGGUGGUGCAUCGUCUGCUACGCUACCAAGAGGAGGAGGAGGAGGCGGUUCACUUCUCAGAGCAUAUUCUCCCGCUGUCGGUAGCGUUUUAUCAACGGAAAGAUUAAAAUCAUUAACUGCUUCAGGGCCUCCGCCAAGUCGACGUGUACCGCCAACACCUUCUUCUUCUUCUUCCACGCCUAUCGGAAGAUUUUAUUCUCAAGAAAGAUUACAUUCGGAAAGCGGAUACAUGUCGUCACCGGAAAGGGGAGGUUCGAGAGGGUAUCCAUCGUAUCCGUCGUCUGGUGGUAGCAGUUACGAGGAUCCUUAUUAUGCUCAAGGAUAUGGUUCGAGAACCGGAUCCAUAACUCCCGUCAUAGAUGAAGAAGCCAGCGACACCGAGAUCAUGGAUGAUUCGUAUCAUAUCUACGCACCGAGAGUAUCGACUUUAAGAAGAGAUUUUACCGAUGCCACUCAACCGUUCGAUGCGACACGGCUUAGAGUUGAACACAUGGAACGUCAAUUGGCAAACUUGACUGGUUUAGUUCAAAAGGCAUUAACUCAAACUCCUGUUGUUACUCCAAGAGAUUAUCUCUCGGUUCCCGGUCCAAGGGAUGCUUACCGGAGCGCAGAUAGGACGACAAAGCGUGUGUGUGUGAGUGAGAGAGAAAGAAAGAAGCGCAACGAGGAGACGAUAUGUCAUAAGUCUGUUUCGUUUGAAAAAUCAGUUUCAUUUUCCGACGAACCACCGGAUAUGAAUUCGCCGAAGCAACAUUCUCCGCAACAUUCAGCGGAUACAAAGCCAGCCAAACCGGCCAUUAAAUCUUCCACACUACCCAGAACAUCCUCGCAAGAGCGUGAUCGUCACAAACCGCCACCUCCGCCGAAACCCAUGUCAUUAUCACCUGUCGACAACAGGUUGGUUUACAGAGAUUUACAAUUGACUCCCGAGAUGUACAAUCAAUUGAGGGGAUUGCAAAAGAAAGCGAAAGAUUUGAGACAGGAAAUGAGAAAUUUAAGGAGGAUGUCACAAGCUCAAGCACACACAAUUAAAGAAGCCAUAAGAGAUACAUUUAUUAAAAUACGGGCUAUGCUUUUGGCCGGAAGUGACGUUUCUUGGGCAAUCGAAGGUGACAAAGACAGGUUAAGAUUAAGCAGAGAAGAAGAUUUAUACAAACAGGAAAUGAUAAGAUUAGAAAAAGAUUUGACGUGUACUUUGCAAUUAAUUUUUUGUUUCGUCGGCUGUCAAAUACCCUUGACCCGACUUGUAUGCAUCUUUCAACUCACUCACCAAAGAACAAUUAACAUUGACAAAUAUUUAAUGAUGACGUACGCGGCUCUGCAAGAAGGAAUCAAAGGAUUAUUAUCGACGGAAAUGGAUAAAGUGGUGAGAGAAGAGAAAUUUUUAAAAGAAGAACCGGAAAGGUUGGAAAAUGCAUUGCGACGAUGUAAAAAACUAACCGGAACUUUGGUCACUCUCAAAAGAUUGGCAUCCGUUCAAGAGCAACGAUUACCAUCAUCGGUUGGAGAUUCGAGAUUGUCACCGACACCAGCUGAAACGCCCCCCACGGUCACCCAUCCAAGUUUGCACCACGCCCGAUGCUGCUUAACUUCGGUGAUCGUACGGGAACCGGUAUUGGCAUCCGUUCAAGAGCAACGAUUACCAUCAUCGGUCGGAGAAUCGAGAUUGUCACCGACACCAGCUGAAACGCCCCCCGUUUCCGCCGUCAACACUUUGCCAAAUAAGUACGCCUGGAGAUGGAGCGCCAACUUCAAACAAGCUAUCAAUGAGUACUGCUUUAUAUAA